AUGGCGGCGGCUCUGCCGGCGUUGACGGAGGAGCUCGUGGAAGAGAUCCUCCUCCGCAUCCCGCCGGACGAGCCGUCGCUCCUCAUCCGUGCCGCCCUCGUCUGCAAGGAUUGGCGCCGCAUCCUCUCCGACGGCGGAUUCCGCCGCCGCUACUGCCGGUUCCACCGAUCGCCUCCCCUGCUGGGCUACAUCAACAACCAAUACUUCCGCACGGCCUUUGUCCCGACCACCAGCUUCUCCCCGACGCAGCUGCCUGCCGGCAUCUACUCCUACCUGGCCGCCCUUGACUGCCGCCACGGCCGCGUGCUGAUCCGCGCCACUAAAUCUUGUUCCCCAUCCGCAGGCUUGCUCAUCGUCUGGGACCCCAUCACCGGCGACCAGCAGCACCUGAGCUUGCCCGCUCACCCGCACCUUAACAACAGUAACCAGCUGCUGUGUUCUUUCACCGGGGCUGUGCUAUGCGCCGUGGACGGCUGCGACCACCUCGACUGCCAUGGCGGCCCGUUCCUCGUGGUCUUCGUGGGGACGCCGCCGCACCCUGCUGAUGGCGCGGCUGGUGUUGUCACGCACGCGCGGGCGGCCGUGUACUCGUCGGAGACCGGAGCGUGGAGCGACGACCGGACCUCUAGCAGCGAUGACAGUUACCACUACGUUAAAGCCACGAAACCUCUUCUUCUCGGCGACGCGCUCUACUUCACCCUUGUGUCGUCUAAUGGUGUGAUCAGGAUCCUCAAGUACGACUUGGGUGGUCAUGGGCUGUCCGUAGUCGAUACACCGCCGCAAAGACAGCAUAUUUCGUGA